AAGAUACCCGCCGAAGAAGAAAAUGAACCAGAAACAGUCAUGUAAACAGAAGAAACAGAAAUACACGGAAGUGUUUUGUUUUUGUUUAAUUUGCCUGUCAAAUGUAGUGUUCUGUUGAAAACCAAGGUUGAUAACAACACCUGUUGAGGUUUUUCGUCGUCAUGGUGGAGCCCACAGCCUCCAGUGUGUUCUGUAACAGGAUCCUGAGCAUGGUUAACUCUGAAGAUGUGAAUGCCAUCAUCCAAGCUCAAAGACACAUGCUCGAUCGCUUUGAGAAAACCAAUGAAAUGCUGAUCAACUUUAAUGGACUGUCAAACGUGCGACUGCAGCAGAUGAACGAGCGCUUCCUGCACCACACCCGCACCCUGGUUGAGAUGAAGAAGGAUCUGGAUAGCAUCUUCAGAAGAAUCAGGACAUUAAAAGGGAAGAUUUCUAAACAAUACCCUGAUGCUUUCAGCAAUGUCCAUGAGUCACCUAUUUUGGAUGAUGAUGAUAAUGAUGAAGAAUUUGACCCAGUACCUCCAAGUUUUGCCACGACAAUCACAGCGGCCACCUCGGAGCAAAGCACCGAUUCCUGUGACACAAGCCCCGAUGUGGUUUCACCCGCCGUCAGCCGAUGCUCAGAAGAUCUCUCUCAGGAGCCUACCGACACACCAACAUCUGAUGUCUUAGAGACAGGAGUUCUGCAAGAUGAGGGUCCUGACUCUGUACAUGAGGAAUAGAGUGAACAAUUUGCAAAAAAGAUUUUAGUCACUCGAAACGGCUUCAAAGUAAGUCAUUGAGCAGCAGGUAAUGCUGUGUAUUUCAGUGAGCACGGGCCUCUGUAAUUGUUGUUAUCUUGUUAUUAAUCUGUUAAAGAUCACAAACUCUACAAACUCUGUAGGAAAAAACUGAUUUUUCUCUCAUUUGGCACAGUUACUUAUCCCAUUAAGCCUGCAGCAUCUAAAUCAUGUCAAAAAUACUUGAAAUUGUAAAAUAACUCCAUGUAUCUGUUGUUCUCAUUGUGAAUAUUAUUGUUCAGUAAUUAUGUGAUUUUAAACAUGCACACGUAACAUAAGAAACGUGUUUUCUUUAUUAAUAAUGUGAUUAAAAUGCACAAACUUUCAUACUUA